GCUGAGGGCCGAGGGCUGCGCGGGCGCGUCUCCGGUGUCCUGGCGCAUCUCUAGGCAGAUUCUUUACUGCUGAGCCACCAGUGAAAAGUGGAAGUGUUAGUCGCUCAGUCAUGGCCGACUCUUUGCGACCCUGUGGACUGUAGCCCACCAUGCUGCUCUGCCCGUGGAAUUCUCCAGGCAAGGCAAGAAUACUGGAGUGGGUAGCCAUUCCCCUCUACAGAGGAUCUUCCCAACCCAAGGAUUGAACCCACGUCUUCUAUAUUGCAGAUCCUUCCCAGGAGUUCCAUUAUGGGUGUGAGAGGUUUGCAUGGGUUUGUGGCAAGUAGCUGCCCACAUGUAUGUACGGUAGUAAAUUUCAAGGAGCUGGCAGAACGCCACCGAAGCCAGCACCCUGGAGGGACCCCUACCGUCGUGGUCGAUGCCAUGUGCUGCCUCAGGUACUGGUACACGCCGGAGUCUUGGAUCUGCGGUGGACAGUGGAGGGAAUACUAUUCUUCUUUGCGAGAAUUCGUGAGAACUUUUACCGCUGUUGGCAUCAAGCUGAUCUUCUUCUUUGAUGGCAUGGUGGAGCAGUCCAAGAGAGACGAGUGGGUGAAACGCAGACUCAAAAACAAUAGGGAGAUAGCCAAGAUCUUCCACUACAUCAAGUCCCACAGGGAGCAGCCGGGCAGAAACAUGUUCUUCAUCCCCUCGGGGCUGGCCAUAUUUACACGGUUUGCUUUGAAGGCCCUGGGUCAGGAAACUCUGUGCUCGUUACAGGAGGCUGACUACGAGGUGGCCUCCUAUGGCUUCCAGAACAACUGUCUUGGGAUUCUUGGAGAAGACACUGACUACUUAAUCUAUGACACCUGUCCCUACUUCUCCAUCAGUGAGCUCUCCCUGGACAGCCUGGACACCGUCAUGCUCUGCCGGGAGAAGCUCUGUCAGAGCCUCGGGCUCAGCCUGGCCGACUUGCCCCUGCUGGCCUGCCUGCUUGGCAAUGACGUCGUCCCCGAAGGCAUGUUUGAGAGCUUUCGGUACAAGUGCUUGACGUCCUAUACCUCUGUGAAAGAGAACUGUGAUAGAAGAGGUAACAUUAUCUUAGCUGUAGCAGACUACAUAUCUAAGGUUCUUCGGUUGCAUCAAGGUGAGAAAAAGCUGGAAGAGAUGCUACCUUUGGGACCAAACAAAGCUCUUUUUUAUAAAGGAGUAACAUCGUAUCUUUUGCCAGGACAGAAAUCUCCAUGGUUUAUCCAAAAACCUAAAGAUGUAGUAACUUUGGACAAGCAGAUACUGUCCAUGAGUUCAGAUCCUGAAUCUAAGCAGGAAGUUCCCAUGUGUAUGGACCCUGAAUCCAAGCAGAAAUUACCUGUAGGUACAGACCCUGAAUUUAACCUAGAAGCACCCAUGUGUACAAACACUGAAGUUAAACAAGAAGACCCUGUAAAUACGGGGCCUGAAGCCAAGCAUCAAGUAACUAUGGUUACAGAUCCUGAAAUCUUAAAGGUCGCCAGAGCACAGCACGUCCAGGCGGAGAGCUACCUGGUCUACGGCGUGAUGAGCAGCGGUGAGGUGGAGUGCAGCAACAGCCUGGAGGACGCCACGGACCAGGCCCUGCCCAGCCAGGCCUUUGUCUACCGGCCCGUGCGGCAGCGCGUAUACUCCCUCCUGCUGGGGGGCGGCGCAGGUGGUUUCAGCACCGGCCCCACUGUCAAGGAGUGGUUUGUGUACUCCGGGAACCCACUGAGGCAGCCGGACCUCGUCAGGCCUCUGCAGAUGAACAUUCCAGGGGGAACGCCUAAUUUGAGACAACUGUGGCUGAGCCAAGAGCCAGGAAUCCAGGCCCAGCGCUUGGACACACUCCUGGCCUGCUUUGACCUUUCAUCCUCGCGAGAAGAACUGCAGGCAGUUGAGAGCCCCUUUCAAGCACUCUGCUGCCUCCUGGUCUACCUGUUUGUGCAGGUGGACACUCUCUGUCUGGAGGAUUUGCAUGCCUUCAUUGCGCAGGCCCUGUGCCUCCAAGGAAAGCCCACCGUGGAGCUUGCAGACUUGCAGCUUGACCACAUUGACCCCAGAGCUGUGCAGCUGGCCACCCUCCUGGUGCGUGGUCUCACCACCUUGGUGUUGGUCAACGGUGCCUGUGGCUCCCCCUGGGAGAUGGCUGACUUCAUGCCCUGGCACCUGUUCGAUGGGAAGCUGUUUCAUCAGAAGUACCUGCAGUCCGAGAAAGGGUACACCGCGGAGGUGCUCGUGGAGCAGAACAGGUCCCACGUCACCAGAUUCCACACCCUGAAGUCAGUCGUGUGCAAAGCCUGUGGGAAGGAGAGCAGACCGAUCGUCAGCAGGCGGCACUGGCGUCCACACCACGCAGGACGGUGGGGCCGACCGGGAUCCAGAUCCCACGGGACAAGCUCCGGGUGCAGCCGGGCUGGCCACAGACAGCACUGGAGGGACCAGGGGCCAGGAAGUAGACAGUAUGAGCCUGACCAGUGGAGAAGAUAUUAGUCAUCUUCUGAAACAGUGUGCACAGAAGCAGAAGCCACAGAGCCUGGCUGUCAAACCAGAGUGAAGCCUCUGGACCCUCUGGACCAUCCUUCAGAGUUACGUCAUCUGAGGAGAGGCUCUCUGGGGGUUCCAGACCCAGACUCACAUCAAGAGGAAAAGUGUCUGUUUCAGCCUUCUUCCAAAAUGCCUUUGUUGGCUUACUUGUAGAUGUCAUCCUGACUCCACGUCCCCAAACAGCCAUGGUUAACAUCUUCAUGCCAGUCUGCAUCUGUUGAUUCUUUUAAUGAAUUGGAAUCUUAUUAUGUCCCACUUUCUUUAACUUUAAUACUAGAUUGUGAGGGCAUUUCCCAGAUGAUCUUAUCUUUCAAGACAUGAUGUCUAAUAGGCUAUAUCAUUUUCCAGGAAUUAUUUACUAAUUAUAAAUUAUAACCAGAAGUAAAGUUUCCAACUGGGUCUUCACAGAGAAAGAUGUACCAGCUUCCUUCUCACCCUCUUGGUGGGAGAGGUGGCUGCAUGGUCUUGACAUUGCAUGUGACGCAUGGGUCACCCUUUCAUUUAGAAUUUGCUCCAGCCCAGAGCCUGUGCCUGUGAAGACACACCUGGAUUCAGCACACGUUAGGCAUCAGACAGGAAGCCUGCAAACUGUAGAGAGAGGCAGUAGUUGAGUGUCAGGAAGCCUAAUUUAUGAUGCCGCUAACAAGUAGGACAUCUGUUGCUCUUUAUCUGUGAGCCCUGAAUGGCUCUUGUUGUUAAAAAAUAUUCUAAAUGAAUCCAACUUCAGAGACAUUCUUUUCAUGAAAGAAUUUUCACAUAAUCUAAGAAUUGAAAUUUUAAGCCCCAAAUUGUCCUGACCUCAGCCCCUGGUUAUUUUGAUAAUUGAAAAUAAUCUAGAUUAGGGAUUAGGUUAGCAGCUGUCUCCUUUUGGCCUGGAGCUGCUGUGACUGCCAAUCCACCUUCCAGGCUGCACCCAUACCCAGGAGAGCCUCUUGAGUCGUGCUUGCUGGCACUCACAAGACAUGUCCUUCAGCUGAUGUCAUUAAAACAAAAUAAACCCUAAACGAAUUGCAGUGCAGUUUGUAUCUUUGCACUUGAUGCUUUAGCCUGACUGCCAGCUCUGUGUGCAGGCUCCUUACUUUGUUUUAGAAUCCCGUUUGGUAAUAUGUACCAAAAAGAAAUAUAGUCUCCCAUUCACUUCCUACAGGUCCUUCUUCAGGACAUCUGCGUGUCUAGUCACUUUUCAUGCAGUCAUGUAGGACCUAUAGCCUUAUUUCCCAGUUUUGGAAAUAGGUUUUUUUUUUAUAUGUAGGUUUCCUGUCUAAAUUUUUAACAUUCUGUUCAUUUUGUUUUUGCUAAUUUGAGACCACUACUGCUUCUAGAAGUUUCAUUUCUUUAUUGCUUAUUUGCAUAACUUUAAAAUAAAUCUUUCAUUCCUUAGACUAGAAGAGUAGACUUCCAUGAAUAUCAUUUCCCCCUGUCAUAAGUAAAUUCUAACUUGUCAGUAAAAUGUUUAUGUUAGUAAAAAAAUGUUUAUGUUCAUUUAGCAAGCUUAAGUAAAGCCAUUAAGUUGAUAAAAUCUUUACUACAUUUGCAAAACCAGUGUGAUUUUUUUUCUAAUUUUGGUGUUAUAUUAUCUCUGCAAUUAAGUCUUCUGAUGAAGUUUCCACAUAUCAGUUUUAAAAUGAAAAUAAAAGUAUUAUUAUUCAUAAGGAAAUGUAAUUCACUUUUAAAAAUUAUUUGGAAGGCAUUUUACCAUCCAGCAUAUUGGGAUCUUUGUGAAGAAAAAGGAUGUUAAAUUUUGUCAGAUGCUUUUUCUGCAUCUGUUGAGAUAAUCAUAUAAUUUUUCAUUUUCAUUUUGUUAAUGUGGUAUAUCAUGUUGAUUGAUUUGGGAAUGUUGAACCGUCCCUGCAUCCCUGGGGUAAGUUCCAGGUGCCCAAGGUGUAUAGUCUUUUUAACGUACUGUUGAGUUCAGUUUGCUAAUAUUAGGUUGAUGGAAAAAGUAACUGUGGUUUUGGACCAUGAAUUUUAAAUCAUUAUAACUAGGCUCAAACACAUCUUUAUUAAUCAAAAUAGGAGCCAUUACAAUCAAUACAUUUCUACCAGUGAGAAAUAAGCUUAUUUCUGUAGCAUAAAAAUCCAUGCUUUGGGAUUUGACACUCUUGGAAUGCAUUUUCUGCCUCCUACUGGCUGUGGAAGCCUGCAAAACAUUGUUGAGAUGCUUGAAGAAGUGGUAGUUGGUUGGUUGAUAUUCACCUGCUAUGAACAUGGCGGGUAAGGCAAAACUUCAUAACCCAGUUCUUUCAACUUUUGAAGUGUUGAUUGUGCAACAUGCAGUCGGGCAUUGUUGUGGAGAAGAAUUGGGCCCUUUGUGUUGACUGGUGUGUGCUGCAGGCAUUGCAGUUUUUGGUGCAUCUCUUAAAUUUGCUGAGCAUAUUUCUCAGACGUAAUAGUUUCAGCGGGAUUCAGAAAACUGUAGUGGAUCAGACCAGCAGCAGACCACUAUGGUAAAUGCUGACCACAGUUACCAUGACCUUUUUUUGGUGCAAGUUUGGCUUUGGAAAGCACAUCACCAGUUGUGGUAUAAAAUCUACUUUUCAUCGCACAUCACAAUCCAACCAAGAAAUGGUUCAUUGUUGUGCAGAAUAAGAGAAGAUGACACUUCAAAAUGACGAUUUUUAAAUUUUCGGUCAGCUCAUGAGGCACCCAUUUAUCAUGUUUUUCACCAUCCUGAUUUGCUUAAUGCCAAAUGACUGUAGAAUGGUCGAUGUUGAGUUCUUCAGCAACUGCUUGUGUAGUUGUAAAAAGGUCAGCUUCAGUGGUGGCUCUCAGUUGGUCAUGGUCAACUCCCAAUGGCCGGCCCCUGUGCUCCUCAUCUUCAGGGCUCUCGUCUCCUUUGCAAACUUCUUGCAUCACUGCUGCACUGUCCAUUCCUUAUCAGUUCCUGGGCCAAAUGUGUUGCUGUGGCGAGUUCUCUGCCCUGCUUUGUGAGCCAUUUUGAACUAAAAAUUGCUCAAAUUUGCUUUUUGUCUAGCAUCAUUUCUAUAGUCUAAAAUAAGUAUAAAAUACUUUACAAUAUUGUAGUGGUUUUUGCCAUAAACAGCAAGUAAUAAGUCAUUAGCCAAAAAUAUGAAGUGAGAAAUGCACAUUAAAAUGAUGUAUAACAUAACCACAUUUAUUUAAAGAACGUAUUCCAGUAUCAAAUGGCAAAGUUCAACAAUGCAAAACCAUGAUUACUUUAGCACCAACAUAAUAACUUUGCUGAGGACUUCCCAGGUGGCACAGUGGUAAAGAAUCCACCUGCCAAUUCUUCCCCUGGUCGGGAAAAUCCCCUGGAGUAAGAAAUGGCAACCCACGCCAGUAUUCUUGCCUGGAGAAUCCCACAGACAGAGGAGCCUGGCAGGCUAUAGUCCAUAGGGUCACAAAGAGUUGGACACGUUUGUGCAACUGAGCACACACAUGUUUUGUUGAGAAUUUUUGCAUCAGUAGUCAUCAGGGAUAUUGGCCUGUGAUUGUCUUUUCUUGUGGUAUCCUUGGCUGUUUUCAGUAUCAGGGUGAUGCUGUCCUUGUAAAAUGAGAUUGGAAGUGUUUCUUUCCCUUCAGUUUUUUGAAAGAGUCUGAGAAGGAUUAGCAUUAAUUUUUAAAAAAAUGUUUAGUAGAAUUCACCAGUGAAGCCAUCUGGUCCUGAGCUUUUGUUGGAAUGUUUUUAGUUACUGACUCAUUGGUCUGUUCUGAUUGUCUGUCUCAUUGUAAUUCAUUCUUGAUAAGUUGGGGCUUCCCAGGUGGUGCUAGCGUUAAAGAACCAGCCUGCCAAUGCAGGAGACAUAAGAGACGUGGAUUCGAUCCCUGGGUCUGGAAGAUCCCCUGGAGAAGUGCAUGGCAACCCACUCUGGCACUCUUGCCUGGAGAAUCCCAUGGACGGAGGAGCCUGGCGGGCUACAGUCCAUGGGGUUGCACAGAGUCGGACACGACUGAAACAAUGCACACACACAUGCUCUGCUGUCUUUGGACUUAGUAGGUUCUUUUCCUCGUUCCUUCAAGUGUAACAUUACAUGGUUUGAGAUCUUUCUUUUUUAAUAUAGGGAUUUAUUGCUAUAAACUUCAGUCUUAGAACUGCUUUUAUUGUGUUAAGUUCUUAUAUGUUAUAUUUCCAUUUUUGCUUGCCUGAAGAUACAUUUUGAUUUUCCUUUUGAUUUCUUCCUUGACUUAUUGCUUGGUCAAGAAUGUGUUAAUUUCCACAGAUUUGUGAAUUUUCCAGUUUUCCUCCUUUUACUGAUUUCUAGUUUCAUACCAUUGUUUUCCUUGGGCAAAUUCCAGGAGAUGGUGAGGGAUAAGGAAGCCUGGUGUGCUGCAGUCCAUGGAAUUAUGAAGAGUCGGACAUGACUUAGUGACUGAGCAACAACAACCAUUGUUAUCAGAAAAUACACUUGAUGUAACAUUAGCCUUAAAUUUUUAAGAUUUGUUUUGUGGACUAACAUAUCUGUCCUAGUGAAUAUUAUAUUGUUUUUACCUAAGAAGACUGUAUAUUCUGCUAUUGGAUGAAAAUGUUCUACAUAUGUCUGUUAAGCCCACUUGAUAUAAAACAGUUCAAGUUCAGUGUU